AUGUUACACACAACAAAGCAUUUUGUUACAGUGAACGAAGGUGACACUUCUGCAGUGGACAUUGAUAGAGAGGUUCUCGAUGCCGCUAGCCGUGAUAAUGUUCGCACUGUUCUUUCUAUAAAACCUGAGGGUUUACGUUUUCUUUCGGAACAAUUCCCAUUAGUACAGAACUUUGCAGAUCUUGAUACUCUUCCUGAACGUCUUUCAUCUACAUACCGUGAAAGUGAAUACGGAUGUUGUCUUAUCUUUUGUCCCAGUAUGGUUGAUGCCUCAUGCCGGCGGGGUAUUUUUCCAAUGGCCAUUAAACUCACUAAAAAUUACUUUUUCUUCGCCCCAAAAUUACACGGACUACGAAGUCUGACACAACUUCAGCCACCUGUAAAAGGUUUUCCUAUGAGUAGUGACGAAGAUGAAGGAAAAUUUCUCUUGUCAAGACUUCAUGUAUCAAAAAAAUUUUUACGUAGUCGAAAUGAAGCUACCCGUACAAUAUCAUUUGAUCUUUUUAUUAACCGAAAAGAAGAUUUAGCACCUGCUUUUUCUCUUAUUCGAAGACAACAUGGUGAAAAUUGGUUGUGCCAUGCACUUCGUUUAUGUUUUGCACAUAUGUUUCUUAAUCCAGAUGAUUACGCUACUAAAAUAGUUGUUGUAGCUAUUCGUCGACAUCGCUACUGUAGCGAUACAGAGAAUCAAGAUGAAGGAAAAUCUUCUUGGAUACACUCUAGAAUAGAUAAUGGACAUGUUGAAGAAGGAGAUCUUAUUGCCGCAGAAAUUGGUUUUCUUGUUGGUGAUAUCUAUUGCUCAGCAACUGGGGCAUAUAGUGUGAAUGGUGCGGGAACCUUGCAGUUGGCGGUUACUGGAGUUGCCAUGCAAUCUGUGGGAUGUAAGGUUUGGGAUCUCGGCAUGGGUAUGAAGUAUAAAGAUGACAUGUUGGGAUGUGUGGCUGUUCCGCGAAAACGUUGGGUUCAAAUCGUGCGAGAGCAUACAUCAAAGAGUACUGUGGUUGAGGAUAUUUAUAGACUCUUACGUGAAAAGUACAGUAAAGGAGUACCGGUGCUAGAAUUACUCCUGACGAGGGAAUCUGCAAAACGACAGCGAGUUGGUGAAGGAAUAGCGUAA